AGAAGCUUCAGUUAAUUUUUAAUUUUUUUCUUUUUCCAAUUUUGUGGCAUGGAAAAACAUCAAAAUUAUUUUGAAAAUGAAAAUUAGAUUUUUGUUAUUGAUUUUAUUUUCCGUCCUGUUCAUAACCCCGAUAUGCGCAGCGAAAACGGAUUAUUUUACAUGUGAACUAGAUCUUGUUAGUGAAAAUGGCGAGGAUUCUAAUAAGCCAUGGAAACCAAGCUUUUUGACACCAGAAUGCUUCGCUAUUUAUCAGAAAAAAACGGCCGAUCCAAAGGGAUAUGAACUGUACGAGAAUGAGGCGAACCAUUUUAAAAACUUUCUUGUUGCGCUUGAAAUGUACGAAGUAAAAAAAUCGGGCGCAGGCUUAUGUGCAAAUAAUAACUAUGCUAUAUUUCUGAAAGACCGGAAGGAAUUCUACAAGCAAUCAAAUCUGUGUAUUUGCUACAAGACGAACAAUAAGGAAAGUUUCCUCACUUGCCUUGUAGAAAAACGAAAACAGUUGGUGAAAAUAAUAAAUAAUAAUUAACCAGAGUAGACCAGAAAACAUUUUUAUGGUUUUACUAUUUAUAUAAUAUAUAAAUUUUAUUUUUAAUGAAAUUUACUGUUUAAUUAUACACUUUAUUGCGAACUAAAUGUGUUGUAUGUAUGUAAAUAUUUAAUGAAUUACCGUUUGAUUUUGUUAAAAUUUUCUGCACAACAAUGAUUAGGUAAAGGAGCCGCAAACAAAAGUGAAAAUAUUAAUAAAC